GUUCAGUCCAUCAUGGUAGGUCCCGAAAUGCUUGUUCACUCACUUAGCUGUUCCUCUCUCGCCCCUUCGCUUCUUUCCUCUCCUCUCUUCUCUUUUCCUCCUUUCUUUCCCGGCCCUUUCUCAUCCCUGCUCCUGCUCCUCCUUCUCCACCAUGGCCGACCACCAUGUCCGAUACUAAGUCGCGCCCUUUGGCUCCCGCCCCGCCGGGUGCCAACGCUGCCCUCGAUGCCCAACAACGCAGGAAAAAUGUAGGCACCGCCUGUGCAGCCUGCAAAGCGCGAAAGCUCAAGUGCACAGGUUCCGUUCCCUGCGCCAACUGUGUCAAGAGCAAAGUCGAAUGUACCCUCGAUCGCAGUGCCGAUAAACGCCGCCGUGGCGCCCUCAAACGCAAAAUCGACCAGCUUGCAGACCAGGAGGAGCUCCUGGUUCGGCUGGUCGGAGUUCUCCGCGAAAGCGGCAACCGUCGCGCCGUGCCUUUAAUCAACAUCAUCCGUAGUGACGCCUCCCUCGACGAGAUCCGCUAUUACAUCAACCACCAGCUGCCUCGGUUGGAGCUGGCCCAGACUCCGGAACUAGUCGAAGUGUGCGAGGAAGUAAAGCAACUGCAGCCGUCACAGUCACGGUCCAUGCGGAGGAUUCUGGACGCUAAACGUUUAUCCGACAUCCCUCGGUUCCAGGUCCCCGCUCGACCCUGGACGACCGUCGUCUCCGAUAACGAUUUCGUCUCGCAUCUCCUCUCGCUAUGGUUCACAUGGUCGCACCCGUUUCGAAACUGGAUCGAUAAAGAUUUGUUUGUGCGGGACAUGCAGGAGGGGUCACUGUCGGCUCGAUUCUGCUCGCCGUUUCUGGUCAACAUCAUUCUCGCGGAUGCUUGCGCGUACUCUGAUUAUCCGGAAAUCUAUGCUAUCCCGGGAGAUCCGUCUUCGAAGGGGGCCCGCUUUUACGAGGAGGCCAAACGACUACUGGACAAGGAGGAGGGGCGGAUCACACUGCCGACCGUUCAAGGACUGGGGGUCUUGUGGGCAUGUGCGUCCAUGACCGGUCGAGACCGACAAGGCUGGAUCCAUCGGGGUCAGCUCGCCUACGCUGUACAGGAACUGUUACAGAAGAAUUCCGUCCUAGCCGCUGACGCCGAUGAAGAUACGCUGCGCAUGGUCCCGGUGAUCAACCGAACCGUCUGGGGGCUAUUUAACAUUUCUACGAGUCACGCUCUGGCCGAUAAGAGUCGCCCUCUGAUCAAGCCGCCACAACGUCACAGCCUGCCACCCGUCGGUCAUGAGGGCGGCCCGGAUGAAUGGCGACCGUACCCGGACCACGCGGAUGGGACCGAGGGACAUUCCAUUUGCUUGUUCAAUACGCUCUCCUGCUUGAGUCUGAUUGCCUACGAUGUUGCCACAUUCUUCCACGGAGAGGCUCUGCACCGACCGCGAGCGGAGAUAGAAAGCAAAGUGAUAGAACUUCGUGAAGGUCUCCGUCUUUGCUCCGAUCGCUGGCCUGCUUGUUUGAAGACCAACCUCGAGGCUCCGCAUAUUCUCUGUUUACAUAUGUACCACGAUUCAAUCAUCAUGGCGAUGUACGAACACUUGAAGGACCCUGCCCCGACCAUUGGUCCUCCUCCCACGAUCUCGCCCGCGCAAGCCCGUGAGACAUGCUUCUCGUCGGCACGUAAUGUCGCCCGUCUAAUCCGGAGCCACCGCUCCUGCUGGGGUUUCGAUCGCAUGCCUGUGAGCAACAUCCAGUGUAUCACGGCGGCGUUGUUCACGCUGCUGGAUGAUCUGGAGGAACCUAACAAUCGCGAAGCAUUUAUCACGCUCAGUGUCGCCGCCAAAGCGUUUUCCCGACGGUGGGAGUCAAGCCGGACGGUCUUGGGAACGCUUCGCACCACGGCGCACGAACGGGGGGUGACACUACCGAGUGAAACGGACUCUCUGUUUACCACGCUGGUUACACCACGGCGGCUUGGCGUGCGGGACAGUGUUGAUACACUGGAUGACAGCGAGGAGGCGUAGUAAAGUGACUCGAUCCACGAUACAGUAGGACAGUAGACGCCCUGAACUGGCACUGCCUCGUUGCAGGGUGAUGACCUUCCAGGAUGGAUGUGUGUUUGGCCGACGACAGCGGCCUCAUUGGUACCACCUGCAGUGGCUUAGAUGACAUCCCUGUCUAGCCUGAUGAUGCUGCUGGUGCGAGGACAUGACUGGGACACGGCGUUGUUUUCUUCACAAUAUAUAGUAAUACUGAGAGCCGGCAGGUGGAUGCCUGGGCGUAAUAUGAUGAAUUGGAUGAAGC